AUGCAGUUCGGAAAAUCAGUCGGAACUGCAUGCAGUACGUUCGCGAUCACCAAUAUCGAUGACAUCUUUGUUUUGGCUACCUUCUUCGCAGAGGCAUCCACUAGUGCGACUCUCACACCCAUCAAGAUUACUAUCGGCCAAUAUGUCGGAUUCACCAUAAUCAUGGCUGUUGGCAUGAUUGGCUUCGCUGUUUCUAUGGUGCUCCCCUCUGAGCCGAUCGGAUUCCUCGGUCUACUGCCAAUGUUACUGGGAGUCUGGAAAUUGAUCGGACUUCUCCUUCCGGUUAAGGGAGAAGAAGGAGAAGAAGCAGAGGAAUCGCAUAUAUCGGGUGCGAAGAGUAUAUUGAAAGUUUCACUUGUCACUAUAAUGAACGGCGGAGACAAUAUUGGAACUUACAUUCCUCUGUUCUCGCAAGCUAAAGGUGCAGAAAUAGCGAUUUAUGUCGUUAUUUACUAUAUAUUACUCGGGUUGUGGUCCUAA